UACAAAUCAAAUAGUUUAUCCUAAUGGUGAUAAAUAUGUAGGUUAAUAUAAUUAUCACAAUAAAAAACAUGGAAAUGGAACAAUGAUUUAUUCGAAUGGAGACAGAUAUGAAGGAGAAUGGAAAAAUGAUUUAAGACACGGAAAAGGAAAAUAAUAUUUUAAAAAUGGCGAAUUAUAUCUUGGUAAUUGGUAAAAUGAUAAAUGUGAAGGAACAGGUUAAUAUUUUUACUCUAAUAGUGAAAGAUUUGUAGGUAUCUUUUUGAAUAACUUGAAACACGGAGAAGGAUUAUAUACUGCUCCGAACGGAGAAGAAAUAAAGGAAUUAUGGAUUCAUGGCUAGAAGGAAAGUUUUGGAAAGUACAGAAAAUAUCGUUGCAGAUGAUGAAGGAGAAGAUAUUAAUAAUUAAAAAAAAGACAAAAAAAUGCAAUGUAAUACCAGCUUUUCAUCACCAUCUACUUCCUAAAUAAACAUUACUAAUAAUAUUAUAUCUGAAAAAUAAACUAUAGAUAAAUAAGAAGGAUAGGCUAAUAGUUAAAUUUCUGGUAAAAUAAAAAAUAAUAAUGCGGUAUUGAUUGUUAAUAAUUAGUAAUAAAAAAAUAUUUAAACUGAAAUUAAUUAAUAAUAAUUUUCUAAUUAAGAUAAAUAAUAAAAAUUUAGUCUAGAAAU